AUGACAGUUCAAGGAAGCGCAGUCACUUUUACCGAAUACAGUGCCGAUAUUCCCAAGAUAGUCCACAGUACCGAUUUCACCAUCGACCCCAAUGCCAUCAAAGAGGACCAAAUUUUGAUCAAGGCCUUGGCUACACCAAUCAACCCGGCCGAUUUGAUGCAGCUCCGUGGUGGAUACAAUGAUGCCCCCGAUAUUCAAUUGGGUACUGAACCAAAUGACAAGCCUUUACACGUUGGAGGUAACGACGGUGUUUUCAAAGUGGUCAAGGCUGGAUCGGGCUCCAAAGCGUCUAAAUACAAGGAAGGAGAUUUGGUCAUUCCCAAAUUGCCUGCAUUUGGAACUUGGAGGACCUAUGCUAUUGCCGGGGCUGAUGACGUGAUCAAUGUGAAUGGUUUGACAGUGGAACAAGCAGCCACCAUCUCAGUCAACCCGGCAACCGCUUACCAAUUGUUGCACAAUUAUGUAUCCGAUUGGAAAGAAGGAGACUACGUGAUUCAAAACUCGGGCACUUCACAAGUUUCGAGAUAUGUAUCCCAAAUUGCCAAAUUGGAUGGCGUCAAGACCAUUUCUGUUGUUCGUGAUGGUAAAUCGCAAGAAGAAAUUGAUGAAUUGAAAAAGUUUGGCGCAGAGCACGUUAUCUCUCAUCUGGAGUUCAAUGACGAGAAAUUUGACAUCACUAAAUACACAAAGGGUGCUCCUGUUCGUUUGGCAUUCAAUGGAUCUGGUGAUUCCACAGUUGCCCAUUUGGUCAAGAGCUUAUCACAAAAGGGUCAGUUACUCAGUUAUGGAUUCUUGGGAGGUGCCGAGAUUAAAUACAGUGCAGUGGACCAAUUUGCCAAGGACUUAGUUACCAGAAGAUACUGGUUGACUGCCAAUACUUAUGCCGAUCCAGAAGGUAAGGUUGAUACUAUUAAACGUUUGGUUGAAUUGUACAGCUCGGGUAAGAUCAAGGAUGUUCCUUACAACAAGGUACACUAUAAACAAGGUGGCAACGAAGAGAUUUCCAAGGUCUUUUUGGAAGGAUUGGCCAAUUUCAAGAACGGUAAAGGUAAGCAAGUGUUGUUCUACGAUUAA